AGUUGUUCUUUGGCAAUGUCAAAGGUUUGUGCCAUUUUUGGAGGAUCUCGGGGAAUCGGACAGGCUGCUGCCCAGCUGCUAGCACAGAAAGGAUAAUGUAUAGCUGUUAUUGCAAGAAAUUUAGAUAUUGCUCAAGCCACUGCAAAAAACCUGGAAGCAGGUCAUCUAGCAUUUAAUUGUGAUUUUUCCAAAGAAGAAGACGUUCAAAAUACGUUUAGCCAAAUGAAAAAGAGUUUAGGUUAUGUAAACUAUCUGGUUAAUGCUGCAGGGGUCAACAGGGAUGGCUUGUUGUUGCGAACCAAGGCUGAUGAUAUAAUAUCCCAGCUUCACACCAAUCUUUUGGGAACAAUGUUGACCUGCAAAGUUGCUGUGAAGAGUAUGAUUCAACAGCAGGGUGGUGCUAUUGUUAACAUAGGAAGCAUUGUUGGGCUGAAGGGCAAUUCUGGUCAGUUGGUAUACAGUGCCAGCAAAGCUGGAUUAGUUGGAUUUUCAUGCUCUCUUGCUAAAGAAGUAGCAAGAAAGAAAAUUCGAGUCAACAUGAUUGCUCCCAGUUUCAUUCAUACGGAUAUGACAACACAUUUGAAAGAAGAUCAGUUGAAUAAAACUAUUCCUCUUGGAAGGUUUGCGGAAUCUCAAGAAAUUGCCAACGCAAUUGUAUUUCUUCUGGAGUCUCCUUACAUAACAGGACAUGUUCUGGUUGUAGAUGGAGGUUUGCAACUUAUGAUUUAAAAUUUGUAACAGCGCAGUUUUGAAUUUGGGGAGAAUAAUUCAGCCACCUGGCUAAAUGGAGGAUGAUACAAACAAGUACAAAUGGUUGGUUGUCUGGAAAACUUUAAAUUAUGUGCUUGCAUUGCUGUUUGUAUGUAGAUAACAAAAUUCUGUGCCUAUGACACCAAAUGAAAAACGUGACUCCUGUAUU